AUGCCUCUCAUCAACCAACUUGAGACAAAAGAAUCCCCCACCGAUACAAUCAAAGGCCUGGAGGAACUUUUGAAAUCCCCAACACCCAUCAUGAAGUCUCUCAACAGUGCCGGCCGGUAUGAGUUGCUUGGUCUGGGUGUGACCUUCCUGACCAUAAUGUUCACUAUGUCUAUUGCUCGAAAUGAGUACUACAGGUAUAUCCUGAGCCUAUCUACCUCGGUGCGGGGAGCUUUGUUAGCUAACAAUGAAUUUUAUAGGCAGAGAGGGGCAUGGGAUCCAACCCUGCCGGCCCAUUUCAGAGGAUUCCAUAAGGAGACUACUGCCAGCAACCUAAAGGCUGAUAAGGCCAAGGCUGAGCAAGAGGAGGUUGAGAAGAAGAAGGCUGAGAAGGAGAAUGGUGAGAAGCCCACCCAAGAGACUAAAGUAAAUUCUCCUGAGUCCUGA